CUCCCGCGGCCCCUCCCCCGCCGCGGGCGUCACGUGACUCGGCGGCGGCUCCCGGCGCGGUGGACGCUGGAGGCCAAGAUGGCGGCGGAGCUGGUGGAGGCGAAAAACAUGGUGAUGAGUUUCCGAGUCUCAGAUCUUCAGAUGUUGCUGGGUUUUGUUGGCAGGAGUAAAAGUGGACUUAAACAUGAACUAGUCACCAGAGCGUUGCAAUUGGUUCAAUUUGACUGUAGCCCUGAAGUUUUCAAGAAGAUUAAAGAGCUCUAUGAGACUCGCUAUGCCAAGAAGAGCUCUGAACCAGGGCAGCCCCAGCCACAGCAGCACCGGUCUCCUGAGGCACUCUCCAUUCAUUCUUCGUAUGACCGCGGGAGCACUGUUGCUAGGACUUCUAUCUCAACUACUAAUAUUGACUAUCCUGCGCUCUAUGGGAAAUACCUUAACGGACUGGGAAGGUUGCCGCCCAAAGUUGUAAAGCCUGAAGUUCGGCUGGUGAAACUUCCCUUCUAUACGACCCUGGAUGAACUGUUGAAGCCAACAGAAUUAGUUCCACAGAAUAAUGAGAAGCUUCAGGAAAGUCCGUGCAUUUUUGCAUUGACACCGAGACAAGUGGAGUUGAUCAGAAAUUCCAGGGAGUUGCAACCUGGUGUGAAAUCGGUUCAGGUUGUGCUAAGGAUCUGCUACACAGACACUAGUUCUCCUCAGGAGGAUCAGUAUCCCCCAAACAUUGCAGUGAAAGUGAAUCACAGUUACUGCUCAGUGCCGGGCUACUAUCCAUCAAACAAACCUGGAGUGGAACCUAAAAGGCCCUGUCGUCCCAUCAACCUCACCCAUCUCAUGUACUUGUCUGCAGCAACCAAUCGCAUCACUGUAACCUGGGGGAAUUAUGGAAAGAGUUAUUCCGUGGGGCUGUACUUAGUGCGGCAGAUGACCUCAGCGGAGCUGCUGCAGAGGUUGAAAACCAUUGGGAUCAAGCAUCCAGAACUCUGCAAAGCACUUGUAAAAGAGAAGUUACGCUUGGACCCAGACAGUGAAAUUGCUACUACAGGUGUUCGUGUGUCUCUCAUCUGUCCGCUAGUGAAGAUGCGGCUGUCUGUCCCAUGCCGGGCGGAGACCUGUGCACAUCUGCAGUGCUUUGAUGCAGUCUUCUACCUACAGAUGAAUGAGAAAAAGCCCACAUGGAUGUGCCCCGUGUGUGACAAACCAGCACCCUAUGACCAGUUAAUAAUUGACGGGCUCCUGUCAAAGAUACUGACAGAAUGUGAAGACGCAGAUGAAAUAGAGUAUCUGGUAGAUGGCUCCUGGUGUCCCAUCAGAGCUGAGAAAGAGCGGAGCUGCAGCCCUCAAUGUCCAAUAUUAGUUCUAGGUUCUUCAGAUGUGAACGGGCUGUUGCCCACUCCUAACAGUAACGGUGAGAACGGCAAGGCCACUGCUGAUGUUGUGGAUUUAACACUGGACAGCUCCUCAUCGGAGGAAGAGGAGGAGGAAGAUGAGGAAGAUGAUGACGACGAUGACGGACCCCAACCAAAACGACGCUGCUCUUAUGAGAAAGGUUUAGUUUCUGCCUGCUGACUGCGGAAGCAGCUCUGAAUCUCAGAAUGGACAGACUUGAAUACUCUGGUGCUUACUAAACUGGAGGAGGGGGAGAAUGUCCUCUCCCACCUCAUCUCCCUUCCUCCCUGAUCUCCUAUGACUUUCCUAUUCCAAGUUAACCAUUAAAACGAGAAAAAAAAAAUAUAAAAAUAAAACCAUUGAGCUGCUUCUUGGUUGGAAAACUACCCCACUCAAAGCCUGACCCUGAACCGGAGUCUGAAGUAAGGAAAGUGUCUUAAGCCAGGCAGUCAGAAUCCACAGCUCGCUGGUCUCUGCUGCCGUUCACCAGUACGGUUUGAAUCGGUGGAGUUCACCUGCAGAUCUACAGGACAUCAAACUCCCGUGCAUCUCCAAAGCUGUGUGCAUUUUUAUUGUCUUGUUAAAUAACCAUUCCUGAUUAUCUAACGUUUUGCUGGACAUGUGAGUGGGGAGGGUUGGGGGGAGGGAGAGGGGUGGGUGGGCGAGGGAGGUUUGUAUAACCCAGCAAGCAUAGAGGGAUUUUUAGGGGUGGGGAUGGGGGGCACGGGGCGAAAGGGAAGAGACGUACGAUUGGAAUCGCACUGUUCUAGAUAGGAGCUCACGCAGCUCUGCACCUCAUGUAAAGAGAAACGUUUUGAAUCUUUUAACCUAAUCUGAAGGUAAUGUAGAAAUUGUGCGUAGUGAAUCAUUUUAGUUGAGCAGAAGCCAUGGGGAGGGUGGGGAGGGCUCGAACCACAAAUCUGUUGUAUUUUUGAAGUGCAAUAACUUGGUGUUUUUGAAGACUAAAAGGGCUGCGCGUUCCCUUUUCUUUGAGAAGGCUUUGUUUCUGGAGGCGGUGGCAGUGACCUGCAGGACAGCUGGACGCCUGGCACGCGGGGAGGAGCGGGGUGGGGUGCAAAGGAUGCUUGGGCCUUCGAGAAAAUGCCAGGUGGGGGAAUCUCAGUUUCUAGCCAACUACCUCGGUAAUCUCCAAUUCAGGUUUCUUUCAGUCACGAACCAGUGUGCAGCCCAUCACUGGCACUGCUGACGGCACUAUUGUCAGGGUGUUGAGGACAGAGCCGAGGGACGAUGCGUGGAGCCCCGUGACCACGCGUUAACAGCCUCUGGACUUUCCACUUCUCUGUUCAAGACUUUGGUCCCAGACCCAAAGCUACUGCUAUGCUCUUGAUGGCAAAAUGUUGUUGCUUUUGAGUUUCCAAAUGGUAACCUUUUGACUUUGUCUUAGAGAAUUUUUUGUAAUUAACUUUGCCUGAGCAGCUCUGCUGUUCCCACUAAAGCCUCUGAAAGUCUGUUUUGCUUUGGACCUUGCUGACUUUUCUCAUCUGUAGAUGAGAAUAAAUGUUGGAAGGAAGCUGGCCUGUGGCUCUGCCCCUUGUCAUGCCCACGGGACGGGUGGAAAGCAGAGGGAACGGCCUUAGGGGAGCCCUGCUCGCCAAACCCGAGGGGCAGUGCCGCAGCCAGGGCCACGUGAGUAGCGUUCGGCUGUGCCGUACCGAGACUUCUAGCUGCCGGCAGUCCAAACCCUCCCAUACCCCUUCAGCCUCCUCCUCCUCCUCCUCGGAGCCUGGGCUUGGAGGAGGAGGCAGCUGGUAGAUGGCAGCACCAAAGUGAUGGUGCUUUCCCAAGCCCUCAUCGUGCGUUUUGGGGAAAAAGCGAUGCAUCGAACGACCCCAUGGCAACCGAAAAGCCAUCAAGUUCCACCUAGAACAAUUUCAAAUCCUUGUUAGGGGCUUACCCCAAAGCAUAUAGGAAGAGAGCAAAAAAAAAGAAAAAAGAUCCUACCAGUGCUGUAGAGCAGGAAGCUUAGACCUGGCAUAUUUGGAGGCUCCUGCUCCAAAUGCUCCCCCGGGCCGGGCUGGUGCGGGAGAGGCCGGGGCUCUGCGCCCUGCAGAACCCAGCGCUCCUCGCUCCAAGCCCUUCCUGCCCAUCUCUUAUUUUUGUCCUAGUAAAUGAAAACUGAAGGCAAAAGGGGAGGAAAAAAAAAAUUAAAAAACCCUUGCCUGUGUCCCCAUGCCUUCUAGAUGUCUCGUGGCGCUGGCCUGGGCUCGCCCGGCAAGGGGAGACUCGGAAACCUCCGAGGGGUUUCUGGCCGCCAGGGAAGGCAGAGCCGGGGCCGCCGGGGAGGGCGGCAGCCCCCGUCGGGUUUGCUCUUCCCCUGUUUCCAGUCUUGCUCCCGCAGAGUAACUCUUACUUGUUUGGCAUAGACUUUUCGUUUUGCGAGUAAGCAAUAUGUUUUCAGGUUUAAACGGGAGGUGGGAGGGGGGGUUCAACAACAAAAAAAAAUAUGGGUAGAGCUCAAAAAAAAUUAAGUUUUACUGUAUAAAGUUCUGUGGCUUGCAUCCCCGGCCGCACAGUAGCUUUAGAGUCCAGUUUUUUCUAAUAUUUGUAUUCUAAUUUAAUUGCUUUUAAAUUUUCCAGGCCAAGCCACUGUUUGGAAACAUCAUGCUUCUGUUACUGCUUUCUGUUUGAGUUGGCCAGCUCUUCCUGUACAUAUGUUUUUUCUUAUAUCCUGUUUUUUUCUUUUUUGUAAAGAGAAGAGAAAAAACAAAAGAAAAUUAUUUUUCUUUCCCUCAGUACACAUUCUUCAAAGUUCAAAUUAUAGUGUUUGUUAAAUAAAAAGAAAGAUUUACAUUUAA